AUGUCUAUCGCGGCCACCAGCAUUCUCUCUCUCUUGCUGCAUCUCCUCGCCCUCCGCGCCACCGCCUCCGCCGUCACCAUCACCGUCACCGCCGCGCCCACCAUCCCCUCCGAGGAGCCGUCCUACUCGAAGCGGUACAUGUUCACCUCGGCCGUGCUCAACAGCACCAACACGUACCGGCGGCAGCAUGCUGCUGCAGCGCUCGGCUGGAACGUGACGCUCGCCGCCUUUGCGCGCACCUACCUCGACGCCGCGCACAGCGACAACUGCUCGUUCGAGCACUCGGGCGGGCCGUACGGCGAGAACAUCGCCAUCGGCUACACCAACGCCACCGCCGCGGUGGCGGCCUGGGGCGACGAGCGCCGCGAGUACAACUUUGCGCGGCCCGGCUUCGACCACGUCACGGGGCACUUCACCCAGCUCGUCUGGCGCGACACGACGACGGUCGGCUGCGAGCGCGUGCUGUGCGGCGCGCGCGGCUGGUUCGUCGCAUGCGAGUACUGGCCGCCGGGCAACGUGCAGGGGCAUUUCGGCGACGAAGUCCAAAGGCAGGUCGAGAAUGGUGCGAGGAGCAGAGGUAGUAGCUUGGGAGCCGCGGUGCUGGCGCUCGCGGCGGUGGUGUGGCAGGUAUGGGCGUAA